GUUUUAUUUCAAUGAUUACGGAAAAUAUUACGAAUUCUCGAUUCCUCUUGCACGUCCGGCAACCUGGAAGUGUUUGGAGAAGUGCAAUACCUCUGGCGAUCUAUGGAUUGUUCAGCCUGGGAUGUGUUCUGUGCCUAACCAGAGAAGACAGCGACUGAGAAGGAUUGUAUCAAUACUCUUUCAUUGUGGAUAGAUCUGAAGUAUUUGGGGUUUCGUGCCUCUUUUGCAAGAAUCGUGCGGCGAAAUAUGGCGGAGACCGAAGAAGGCUUUGGGCUGCCAGCAACAACACACGGCGAGCCCGAGCCCAAGGAACAUUCUUCUGAAAAUAAGCAGGACAGCCUGCUCGGCGCGGCCAACAAACCUCACUCCCCACAACAAGCAACAUAUAGUCAACAGGGUAUGGAGGGAAUUAAAGUUUAUUUACACGAGCGAGAAUUAUGGUUAAAAUUUCACGAAGUCGGGACAGAAAUGAUCAUUACUAAAGCGGGAAGGCGCAUGUUUCCUAGUUACAAAGUGAAGGUGAGCGGGUUAAAUCCGAAGACAAAAUACAUCCUUCUAAUGGACAUCGUGCCGGCGGAUGAUCACCGUUACAAAUUCGCUGAUAAUAAAUGGUCUGUGACGGGGAAGGCAGAGCCUGCAAUGCCGGGCAGACUCUACGUUCAUCCAGAUUCACCUGCUACUGGGGCUCAUUGGAUGAGACAGUUGGUCUCCUUCCAAAAGCUGAAACUUACCAAUAACCACCUGGACCCCUUCGGACACAUUAUCCUAAAUUCGAUGCACAAGUACCAGCCCAGGCUCCAUAUCGUAAAGGCUGACGAGAAUAACGGAUUUGGCUCGAAAAACACUGCAUUCUGUACCCACGUUUUCUCCGAAACUGCCUUCAUCGCUGUGACGUCGUACCAAAACCAUAAGAUUACCCAACUUAAAAUAGAAAAUAACCCAUUUGCAAAGGGAUUUCGUGGAAGCGAUGAUAUGGAGUUGCACAGAAUGUCUCGGAUGCAGAGUAAAGAAUACCCCGUGGUUCCCAGGAGCACGGUCAGGCAACGUGUGGGGUCCGCUGCCAAUCAGUUCAGUGGGGAGGUACGAGUGUUGCCCGUGUCCAACAACCUGAGUUCCCAGUACCAAUGUGAGAACGGUGUUUCCAGUUCAUCUCAAGAGCUACUCCCUCCCAACCCAUAUUCACUUUCCCAGGAGCAGAGUCCGCUCUAUCAUUGCAACAAAAGGAAAGUAGAAGAAGACUGCAACUCGACCGAGCAUCCAUUCAAGAAGUCAUAUAUAGAAAGUCCUCCGCCUGAAGAUGACCCUUUCUACAGGUCCUCAAGUUACUCCCAACAACAAAACCUUACUCCUUCUUAUCGGACUGACUCAGCACAACGGCAAGCAUGCAUGUAUGCUGGCUCUACACCCGGAACGGACCCCAACUCCAGCCUUGAUGACAUUAGUUGCAACACUUGGGCCACUGUUCCUUCCUACAGCAGCUGUACAGUGACUGCGAUGCAGCCUAUGGACCGAAUACCCUACCAACACUUCUCAGCACAUUUCACAUCAAGCCCAUUAAUGCCUCGCAUCUCUGGAGUCGCCAACCAUACAUCUCCACAGAUAGGGGAUACGCACAAUAUGUUUCAGCAUCAGACCUCAGUUUCUCACCAGCCCAUAGUCAGAUCAUGUGCUCCUCAAGGUGGCAUUCAGUCUGCAAGCAAUCUUCAACCUGGUGACUACUUGUAUCCACAUGGCAUGUCAAGAACCCUUUCACCACAUCAGUACCACUCAGUACAUGGAGUUGGCAUGGUGCCAGAAUGGACUGAAAAUAGCUAAUUCACAGAUCCCCAAUUGAUCUGACAUACAUGAAUGUUUGCAUUUGAUGAAACUGAACACAGUUUUAAAGCAAUACUUUUCUUCGGAAAAUCAAUCAUAAAUGGCUGUAAUUUUCAAAGGAUGUUUUACAAAGUGACAUAUCAUUGAGAUAUUCUUCCCCUUCCUUCUUCCUACUGUAUUUAUUUGAAUGAUAUUUAAGUAAGUCAUUCAUCAAAAAAACAAAAUUGAAGGGUUCCAUCUGGUGGAUGUUUCUCUGCAAUGUAUAGUUAAUGUUUCUGAGGUGUUUCAUUUGUAAACUUGGUCAAAAGUUGUAUAGAUAUCAUACAAACAGAAGAAUCAUUUGAUGUAUGAAUACAAUACAUAGAAUACUCCCCCGUUGAACAAUUUGCCGCCGUGAUCUCACAUGCUAUAGACGAAGAAGUACGAUGUGGCGUAAUGAGCAAUAGAGGACACCUGCAUGCCUACAUGUGUCACUGGAAGGAGGAAAUAAUUGAUUCUCUUUCUCUAGGCAAUUGCUAGUAUAUUUUUUCCCAUAAUUAUUCCAAAAUGUUACCAGCAGAGUUAAAAAAAGCAAAAUGCUCAUCAGAUCGAUUGGUUAGAGAAAUACACUUUUUAGGGGUCAAGUGUAAAAUCUUAAUAUAUUUAUAGCUUUGCAAAAUAAGAAUGAGUGAAAACCAAUCUAGACAGAUAUUGCCUGUGUAGCAGCAGAGGGGAAGAAAGGGAAUCAAAUUGUUUUACAAUACUGUAGUUAGCAACACUGAGUGGCUAUAAGGGUAAGCGAGAAUAUCACAUGAUUAAUAUUCAAUUAAAUAUUUUUUAAGAUAAAAGUUAAUGUCAAGGCAAUAACUAGACAUGCAAAUUAUUUCAUUACUUUGGAUUUUAGGAAUUGUGAAAUACAGUACUUCCACAACUCAUAUUGCUCUGACCUGCCACAACCUCAGAAAUCUCAUCUGUCCUGUUACUAGAACUAUGACCAAGAAUACAAUAAAAUUCCUGAGUUCAGUAAGAUAAUCAUUGAAGUUCCCAAAACUUGAACGAUGUCAAGAAGACGUUUUAGGUUCAGAAUUCAGGCUAUAUAUUCUGCUUCAGAAGCAACCUAGAAUGGCAUUAUUUACUUUGUUCAUAGAAAAGAUUGGAAAAUGUAGGGGAAAGUGCACUAUUUCCAGAUAUAUAACAAUAGGACAACUCAACAUAUGUACAUGCAAAAACUAGUGGAUGUAAAUAAUGGAGAGAACAUAGGUAUUCGUUGUUUCACUUAUGGUAAAUAUUUUAUACAAAUACCCAUUUACAGCUAUAUAUGUUUGAUACGUUGAUCUUGUGAUACUUAGCAUCAACCUCUAAUUCUCUCCCAUUUUGAGCAAUACAGGUGUUUACAUCAUGAGGCAAAGAAUAAUAUUCUUAAAUUAUGUAUCAAGCAAUAAGUAGCUCAUUAUUCAACAUGAAUAAAGUGCAGAAAUUGCUUGUAAUAAAUAUUAGUAUCUUUCUGGUCAAUAGUAUUUAUUGUUGGACAAUCCUAAAAGUGCUUGUUUUGGAGUAUUAAGAAUGAUAUAUUGUUAGAGAAGAGUUGUUAAAGAAGUACGCUUGGAAGUUUUUUUGGUGUAUAAAAGAGAUGAAUCAAUUAUGCUUCAUUGUAAAUAAAACACAUUGUAUAUACUGAAAUGAAAUAACUUCAAAUACUAUCUUUGAGUGACUUAACUUUCUCUGGCAUCAUGUUAUGAAUCUCUAUGCAAGCAAAUAGGGAUCUGCCAUUGAAUGAGUUUACUAUGUCGAACACUCAGACUGUAAAAUAUUGUAAAGAUUGAAGCACAUGACUGCAAGCAUGUAAAGAAAAUAUAGUGAAAAUCACUUUCAGUACAUUAAAGGCAGUUAACACACUAAUUUAUCUGCCUUUGUGUUUGUGGGUUCAUAUUGCAUUGCACUCUAUAACAACUGUCCCUUUUGCAAAUUAAAAGGACAUUAAAAUACCUCCUUCUGUUUAAGGUCCUUAUAGUUUUUGUUGUAAGCAAUCAUUACCAUUUCAAUUCUAUGCCAGAAUGCACUAAACAUACUUCAAUGCUGAACAUAACAGAGUCCAAAAUGAUGUAUUUAUAUUAAUGUACUCAUUGUGUGGUGUUGGUUAGUGUGUGCUUGUGUGAUGCAAUUGUUCUCUGUGAAGGGCACUUAUAAAGAUUUUACUUUUUAGAUUGUAAUUAGUUUUGAAUUGUAUUUUGCAAUGAAAGA